AUGGCGCCACAUCAAAAAAAAAGGUUUUGUGGGCUCCUCUUUACCCGAGACGACCACGCCCCGCUAAGAGUGUCGAAGAGCUUUACCCUCCUCCUGACCGACUCCCCAAAGGUCAAGACGCUCGCCACCGCAGAGCUCCGACACACGGUCUCUUUGUUCACCCUUAAGCGCUUGAGGGACGUUUCCACUGUGAACCUCCGCGACUUCCUGAACGGUGCUGACUCCACCGUCUUAUGA